AUGAGGAAAUUGAUAAAUGCUGAUGAAAAUGAGUAAUAAUUGUUAUUAAUUACUAAAUAAAAAGAAGAAUUGAAACUAAAAAUUGAUGAGGAAAAAUUAGAAAUUAAAUAAAUCUAAUAAAAAAUUGUUGAUUUAGAAGAAAAUAUAAAUCAAAAACUCCUCAAAUAAGAAUAAGAAUUUGUUCAAUAAUGCAAUUAAGAAACAAUUUAAAAUAAUUAACUAAAGUAAAAUUUAAUGGAAUUGUCUCAGUCGAGUGAAAUAAAAUUGGAACAAUUAACUACAAAAUAUAAUGAGCUGAAUUAAUAAAUUAAUGAAGUAUAGACAGACUUAAAAGAGAAAGAACAAUCCACUACAGUUGAAAAUAAACUAUAAUCUUUAAAAAACAAUAUAGAAACAUAACUCAUAACAGUUGAUCAAAAAGUCGAAAAGUUGACAGAAACAAUUAGAGAAGUAGAUACUUAACAAACUAAAUAAACUUAAUUAUAGAAGUAAGAGUUAAUAUAACAAAUUAAUGAUGAAAUAUCUUCCAGAAAUUCAUAAAUUGAAAAAUAAAAUUAAAAAGUGUAGCAAAUCUAGGAAGAAAAUGGAUCUAAAUUUAGGAACUAAGAAUAAUAGUUAUCAUCUUUAUAAUAAUCCAUAGAUGAAAGUAACAAGGCUCAACUAUAAUUAGAGUAGAAAUUAAAUAAAUUAAAUAAUGAAAAUAAAUAGUAGAUGCAAUAGUUUGAUGAUAAGGUUAACUAAUAGAGUAAUUAAUUAAAAAAUAUCAAUACCGAGGUUUUAGAAAAUACUAAAAAUUCAAAAAUGCAUUAGGAGAUGUUGAAAUGUAUGGCUCUUAAAUCGCCUUCACUUUAUUUUAAUAGUGAAACUGAAAAGUAAUUCAUGAUGUAAGCAUUCUUGGAAUUAAAAUUUGAUAAGUUAGUA